AUGAGUUUUUGUGAAUUCAUCUAACUCACUGUUGAAGGCGAAGAUAAAUUAGAGGAAAUAAGAAUAGCAUUGGCUCGGUUAGAAAUGUUUGAACUUAACACAGUGUACAAAAGACUCGAUUAGCCAAGAUAAAGUGCAUUGAAAGAAGACUAGAUAAUUGAAUUUCUGGACGAUAACAACGUUUAAAUUAACCAAGAAGAGUUAAAUUACAUUUUUAGAGUUUUGGAUGUUGAUAGAGACAACUUUAUUACAUUGGCAGAUUUCUAAUAAGUAAUCCUACCAAAAACUAAUGACCAAGUUAAAGACCAAGCUCUGAAUCAUAAAUCCUAUGAAAUGCCUUAAAGUAUGCUCUUGCCAAAGGAGGUUGAAGCUACGUUAACGGCAUUCUUCGAACAAUUAAAAACCAACUAUAACCAAUAUCAAAACAUUUAAGAUCCAAUCAACCUUGGUGAAUUAGCAAUUUUCGAAAACGAAAAUUUAAUCACCCUAGAUUCCCUCAAAAAUUGGCUACAAUCAAUUGGAUAAGAGAUUGACGAUUAAAUUUUAGAAAAAUUCCUAAUCAUAAUUGACGGAAACCCCAACAACCUAUAAAAUCUGAUUGAUUAAAUCUAUUAAUAAAUAGAGUAAUAAGAAAAUUAGCAAAUUGAAGACCCCAAAUAAGCCCAAGAACAAUAAGGGGAAUAGCCAGCAGAAAAUCAAAUAGAAGUUCAAGAUGUUAAUUACUCUUAAUAGGAUUUGCAGAAGAGUGAUGCUCUCUAAGAAUCAUUUAAUCCUUCUUAAAUCUAAAAAUAGGAAUAAAAAAAGGAACAAUAAUAAGAUCAAAUUGCUUAAUCAAAAGUUCUAUAAGAGAGUUAGUCUUAUUAGACAGAUAGUCCCUUGUUGAAUUAUUACCAUUAACAAAUUAAAGACGAAGAAGAUAAAAUUAAAAAGUUAUGUGAAGAAUUAAACAUUCCUAAUAUCUAUACAUAAAAGAGAGAAGAAUCAACUUUGAUCAAAUAUUAUGAAAAAGAGAUUGCUAGAGAAUAGGAAAUCUAUCAUAAACUAUUAUCAGAAUCAAAAACAUCCGGAGUUCCUUCUAAACUAUCAAAAUCCAAUUUCACUCCAGAUCCAUUAUAUUUAGAUGAGUAUUAAAAAGAACUCAUUCGAAUUGAUAAUGAAAUCAGGAAGGAAGCAACAAACCUUAGCUUACUCUAAUCAAAGAUUGAUAUCAGCAGUGGAUUAUCAACCAGUUAUUUAAAGUAUGAAAGUCCAAGCAAAAUUUAAGAAUCCUACCUUUAUAACAAUCUUUCAGGAUAAAAGAAAUAAUUUGGUUUAUAUAAAUGAUUAUUCAUAUAAUUAUUAUCAAUAAUUUAUAAAAUAAUUCUCAAACUUAAA